AGAAGAAGAAGAAGAAGGAGAAGAAGAAAAGAAGAAGAAGUAGGAUGAGGAUGAAGAAGAAGAAGAAGAAGAAGUAGGAUGAGGAUGAAGAAGAAUUCCAGUACAGCAAAAAGUGUCCCUGCAGAGAGCUCCGCUAUUUCUGACAGUUCUCUGACAGUUCCUUCACAUUUACAGCGGUUGAAACAUUGUAUCUAUUUGUUUCCGAAUAAAAACAUCUGUAUCCUAAAUGGAAACAAAUAGAUACAAUGUUUCAAUCGCUGUAAAUGUGAAAGAACUGUCAGAGAACUGUCAGAAAUAGCGGAGCUCUCUGCAGGGACACUUUUUGCCGGCUGUAGAAGGGAUGAAAAUCGGUGCCUGAUCUGAUCGGGGAAAAUUCGAUUCG